AUGGAACAAGCAGACCACCAACAGUUGUUCAACACUUCUUGGACUAUUCACCGUCUCUCUCCUCUCCAUCAUGGAAAGGACUGUGAAACACUCCUAGACAACCAGGUCGCCUUGAAAACAUAUGCAACGCGUCUACGCGACCAUCUCACAGGAGAUGUCCUCGCUAGUAUUCAUACAAGCACUAGUGCAGCAGACGACGAUGCGCUCUCCAAAACAGGCGCCCUAAAAGAUUGUCUAUGGCGGCCAAUCUCUCAAUCAUUGCGCGACAAAGCGCCAAGCAGAUCCCAGAAUACCCCAUUUCCUGGAAUGCUAGUAACGUUGGAAUACGAAAACAUCGUCUACAAAGCAGCUUUGCUCGCAGACACAAAAUCAUCCACAAAUCAGCGCACGGGAUCUACAUCUCUCCCUCUCCUUCUAAUCAGAUUCCCGACUGCGCUCCGACAAACUUUCAUCACUUUCUUAUCUACCAAUUUCGACACUUACUGCUCGCCCCUACGGCUGUCGUCAAGCUUUCUCUGUGCGGGUCUAGAGACGUACAUCGAUGCCCUACGCACUCAACGGCCAAGAACAAGCGACACAGUCGAAGAUGUUAUUAAAGAGUUACAGCUCACGCUCUCCUUUUCAUCAUCGAUCGCACCAGCGCUGAGAUCCCUCAAUGUUAGCGUCGCGCGCGCUUCACUAGCGGGCUUCCUCCGCGAUCAGCCUGGACAGUUGGCGCUGAAGUCGCGCAGUCUUCAGCAUAAACUGCGCAGCCCUUUCAUUUCCAAUCUUACCUCGUACCUGGAGACGCAUCUUGCCAUGAAGCUGGAUCUGGAUGGGUCGUCUUCAAACCAACCUGUUAAACAGCACGUGCGACUGUCGAAGGUUGCCUGUUCUGCAUUUGUUUUGGGUGGUGAAGGACGUGUGAAGCUGGUUGUGGCUGCUGAUAGGGAUUCCGGGGAUGGGGAUGAGGGCUCUCGAGUUCGAGACGAUAAGAAUGAACUUGCUUUAGAGGCGGGGGUGUCGCUUCUGCUGUCGGUGAUCCGGAAGGCUGUUGUGGAGGAUCAUUCGACUACAUGA